UUUUUUUCCUGAACUAGUAUUCGGAGUGAACAACUAAGCAAAGCAAAAACCCCCCAAUCCCUAACGCGCAGAUUCUUCAUCCAUUCAUAGCUCACACACAUACCCACAAACCCAUCUCUCUCUCUCUCUUUGAUUUCCGAGCACCACCACUCAGUAAGCAGAGAAAAAUACAGAUUCUGAAGCCAUGAAAAGAGAGCUUGACCCUCAUCAAAAUCAUAAUCUCCAACCCUUGCCUGACUCGUCCGUGACUGGCAGCUCAAGUACUGGAAAAGCCAAGAUGUGUUGGGAAGAGGAAGUACAACAACAACAACAAGAUGGUGGCAUGGACGAGCUUUUAGCUGUGUUGGGUUACCAAGUUCGAGCUUCAGACAUGGCCGAGGUCGCCCAGAAGCUCGAAUUGCUCGAGGAUUUGAUGGGAAAUGCUCAAGGUGAUGGCCUCUCUCAUCUCGCUACUGAGACUGUACACUACAACCCUUCUGAUCUCUCCACCUGGCUCCAAAGCAUGCUCACAGAGCUCAACCCACUCGAUCCAUUGGUCCCUCCUCACCCCCACCACCAACCCCCACCCACUACUCUCGACGAUUCCUUCUUAGGUGAGUCCUCCAAUAUCACCUCCAUCGAUUUCACCACCACCACCACCAGCACAAGCAACAAUAAUAAUAGUCAGAAUCAGAAUAAGCCCACCCAAGUUUUUGACGAAUCCUCCUCUUCUGAUUACGAUCUCAAAGCUAUUCCAGGUAAAGCUCUGUACAGUCAACCCCAAAUUCGACCCCAAACCCAAACCCAAAUCGAAUCUCCGUCCUCUAGAGAACACAAGCGUUUAAAACCCUCAAUCGAGUCAAACUCGGAGAUUCUCCCGGGCUCUUCUAUAUUCUCAGCGCUAAACUUACCCACCACCGAGUCCACUCGCCCGGUAGUCCUCAUUGACUCGCAAGAAAACGGAAUUCGACUCGUCCACGCUCUAAUGGCUUGCGCCGAAGCCGUACAGCAAACCAAUCUAACCUUAGCGGAAGCCUUGGUAAAACAGAUCGGGUUUUUAGCCGUUUCUCAAGCCGGCGCGAUGCGAAAGGUCGCCACGUAUUUCGCCGAGGCCCUAGCUCGUCGAAUCUACGGGUUGUACCCACAGAACCCAUUGAACCAGUCGCUAUUCGAUGUUCUUCAGACUCACUUCUACGAAACCUGCCCUUACCUCAAAUUCGCUCACUUCACCGCCAACCAAGCCAUUCUAGAAGCGUUCGAAGGCAAGAAACGAGUCCACGUCAUCGAUUUUUCUAUGAAUCAGGGGAUGCAGUGGCCAGCACUCAUGCAAGCGCUCGCUCUUAGACCCGGCGGCGCACCCGCUUUUCGAUUAACGGGUAUCGGGCCACCCGCACCCGACGAUUCGGAUCAUUUACAGGAAGUGGGUUGGAAGCUUGCCCAAUUGGCCGAAACUAUUCAUGUCGAGUUUGAGUACAGAGGGUUUGUUGCCAACAGUCUCGCCGAUCUCGACGCGUCGAUGUUGGAACUCAGGCCGAGUGAGGUCGAGGCAGUGGCGGUUAACUCGGUGUUCGAGUUGCACAAGCUUUUGGCCCGACCCGGAGCGAUCGAGAAAGUGUUGUCAGUGGUUAAGCAGAUGAAGCCGGAAAUCGUGACCGUAGUUGAGCAGGAAGCGAACCAUAACGGGCCGGUUUUCUUGGACCGGUUCACUGAGUCGUUGCAUUACUACUCGACCAUGUUUGACUCGUUGGAAGGAUCGGUGAACAGUGAGGAUAAGGUGAUGUCCGAGGUGUACUUGGGGAAACAGAUAUGCAACGUGGUGGCGUGUGAAGGCGUGGACCGAGUCGAGAGGCACGAAACGUUGACUCAGUGGAGAACUCGGAUGGGAUCGGCCGGUUUUGCACCGGUUCACCUUGGGUCGAACGCGUUCAAGCAAGCGAGUAUGUUGUUGGCUUUGUUUGCAGGUGGGGAAGGGUACAGAGUAGAAGAGAAUAACGGGUCUCUGAUGUUGGGUUGGCAUACUCGACCUCUCAUAGCUACAUCGGCAUGGCAACUCGCCCACAACACCAGAGCUGGGUCUGUUGUGACGCAGUGAGUCAACUCAGAGAGAGAGCUGGUCAACUCGUUUACGGCUUGUAGGCCCCACCAAUAUACAUAGCUCUCAGUGGUCUUGGUUGUCAAAUGUGUUUUGCUGAGCUGGGUGGCUCUGGUCCUUGACUGAGACUGAGACCCACCACUCCUAAGUGUGUCUACCCCAUCCUAUCUCUUUUUUUUUUUUUUUGGUUUUGUUUAAUCCAAUCUCUUUUUUUUACUUUUUCUUUUAGGUUUUUUUAAUUUUAAUUAAAAUUUUCUUAGUUCUUUUUGUUUUUGGAUUUUGGGUGCAUGGAAUGGAAUCUUUUGUAAUUUU